UGAUUUGCAAUUCAAAGCCCAACAAAAGUAUUGAUUUGCAAUAACCGUAGGAUUAGCUUAGCGUAGAAUUCCGAUAGAUAACCGUAGGCGUAGACAUGGAUUUUACGGGCUUUGAAGUGCGCAAGUGCCCUUCGACUGCCAUGUACAUUCCAAACUUCAUCACUUCCGAAGAGGAACAGCGCAUCCUGAGCCACAUCGAGCGAACUCCGAAACCGCGAUGGACGCAGUUGCUCAACCGAAGGCUGGUCAACUACGGCGGAGUUCCCCAUCCCAACGGAAUGAUCGCUGAGGAGAUUCCCGAGUGGCUGCAGAGCUAUGUGGACAAGGUGAACAACCUGGGUGUUUUUGAGUCGCAGAACGCCAAUCAUGUCCUGGUCAACGAGUAUCUGCCAGGCCAAGGAAUCCUCCCACAUACGGAUGGACCUCUCUUUUAUCCCAUCAUCUCAACCAUUUCGUGUGGAGCCCAUACAGUUCUGGAGUUUGCGAAGCGGGAGGACACCUCUCUAGAACCAGAAGCUGAAGAUGAUCAGCUUCCCCGCGAGGUUCGCUUUAAGUUGCUUCUGGAACCGCGCAGCUUGCUUAUCCUGAAGGACACACUGUACAGCGACUAUCUACACGCGAUCGCCGAGACCAGUGAGGAUGUGCUCUGCGAUCGGAUCUGCAACUACGAUCUGUGCGAAAACACCUACAAGAUUGGGGAUCACCUCAUGCGCCGAUCACCACGCAUUUCCCUCACCAUUCGCAAUGUGCCCAAGACCAGCAAGAUGAAACUGAAGUUCUGCUAGGUCUACGCUCGCAUUCCGCACUUAGAUGUUGUUUGCCAUUGGCUACAGAUUAUACACACAGAUGUUGAGUAAACGCACGUUAAACGAACCCACUGAAUGGGAUCCCUGGGAUCCAAAGGACUACGAUAAUCUGCAACCUGAAUCUUCCGCUAGAUGUUUAAGCACUCGCACUAGCACACUAGCUCGCAAGCAAUCAACGUUGGCCCACACAAAAGUGCUUUAUUUAUACCGUUAGCAUUGUGUACAUAUAUAAAUGUUUGUAUUACGUAUUUACGGAGCAAUAUGUUGGUUGACCCGAUCCGGCGAACAGGCACGGGUUGUAUCCCCCGAUUCCACCUGACCGCCGGCGGCCUUUAGUUUUAGUUACGCGAGCAAUUGAUGGGAGCAAUCCAUGGUCUAGAUUUGUGAAAUAUAUUGUUAACUACUGAGGUGUUCCUUUAACUGAUGGUGAUUAUGAUUUGCUGAAAGUGGUCAGGAUCGUAAAUUACUAUGCAACAGACUGAUAAAUUGUUUGCAAUAAAGGGUUGUUUUAGAAAAGGUUAUAAUGUUUAAUAACUGCCUUUAUUUAAACUUACAACGAUCAAAUUAUGAAUAUGUGAAAAAUAAUUUACGCUAUUUGUUUUAAAAAUGUUUGAAGAGGGCAUAAACCAAAGAAAAUAUUACACCAAUAGUUUGCCUAAACUUAGCCUUCUUUCGAAAAGAAAUUACUGUUUUAAGUUAAGUAAAGACUGACAAAACAAUUUACCAAAAUUAUCUGUGAACUUUGUUGUAAAUUUUCAAAUGUGUUCUUGCCAGUCUUAACUUAGCUUUAUUUUUCAAAGCCAAAAUAAUUCAUAAUCAUUAUCAGUUAAAGCAGUACCUCUUACAUGUAUGGUUGAAUGGAGCGUUUGGCACACCAAGUGGCCCGUCCUUGCGCUUCAUGCUCCCGAACUCCCGUGUCCAAGUGUAUUUUUGUAACCGUUUUUUCCACCGCGCACCGCAGACAGAGCGAAGAGUUGCCAAUAAACGUUACUAUCCACCCA